AUGGUCCAGGAAACGCUCGACGACAUUGUUGGCAAGUCCCAGAUUACGACUAUCAUCAUUGCACACAGGCUGACGACCGUCCGCAAUGCAGAUGUCAUUGCCGUGCUGAACAACCCCACGGACAGGCACAGCAACUCCGGUGAUGGUGGCGAGGAGGUGCUGGAAGAGAUGACUGGGAGCUCUGUGGUGGAACUGGGGACCCAUGAAGAGCUUAGCAAAAUACCGGAUGGCAUUUAUGCCGCCUUGGUCGCUAUCCAAACAGAGGGGCCUACUGAAGAGGAUGAAACGGACCGGGCCUUGCAAGCCCCCGAAGAAGAAGGAGUGUAUGAGACAGCUGACUACAGUCCACAGGAGUCGGCAAUACUGGUGGGUGGCAUCCUGUCGACACAGAUGAGUAAGCAGAACAGCAAGCAAUACCGUCAGAACAGCAAGCUACGUCAGAACAGCAAGUUGCAUCAGAAUGGCAGAGGGGGCGGCAGCUUCGAUAUGCGGGCGCAGUUGAGCAAGCAGCUCGGUGACGUCGCGCGUCAAGAGAGUUUGGUCUUCACUGCCGGCUACCAGCCCCCGCGUUUGUUCAGAAGGACUGCAGCCCCGAUUAAGUCCAAGAUGGUGCAGCACAUCCUGGGCGUCGUGUGCUACGUCGCAUACCAAUGCAUCUGGCCAAUUUAUGGAGCGUGCUACGGUACAUUUUUGAAAACGUUUGUGGAUGCGGCGAACCCGGACAGGCUCAAGCGCGAGUCCAGAAAUAAUACAAUCAUAAUGACCUGCAUCGGCAUCGCCUCGUUUGCGGCUUUCUGGGGACAGCGCUGGUUCGUCUCGCAGAGCGGCCAGGCCGUGGUCCGCCAGGCGCGUGAAGGUGUCUUUGGUGGCAUUAUGAAGCAGGAGAUGGGUUUCUUCGACCAGCCGCACAGGUCGCCUGCGCGGUUAGGCCACAUCUUGGGAGCGGACACGUUUCUGUUGGGAGAGUGGACUGCAGGCAACACCACCAUGUGGUUGGGCGUUAGCGCGAGUUUGAUUCUAGGUCUGAUCCUGUGUUUGCAGGCGAACGCGAAGCUGGGGGGAGUGGCACUCGCUAUCGUGGCGGCUCUUGUCCCGAUUACGUACGUGGCGAGCACUCUUGUGACCUCGGGGGGGAGCAUCCGCCUGAAGAAAGGCGAGGACAAACUAAGCAGAAC